CCUGAUGAAGGUGAACAGGUCUGAUGUCAUUGGGUGUGAUGUCAUCAGGUGUGAUGUCAUCAACUGAUGUUGAGUCAACAGAAGAGCAGGAGGAGGAGCAGUGACUCAGCCUCAGUCCCAGCUGCUCGGGCUGAGCUCCACCCUGUGAGCUCAGACUCAGCUGGUGUGUUGAACAGGAUGAAGUCGCUGCAGCUCCUUCUUCUCGUGAGGUUCCUAGUCGUCAUGGUUACAGCUCAGCAGGUGGACCUACCUGUCACCUACUCUUGUACAGAGGGCUACAAGUUCAACGUGGCAGAGCAGGAAUGUAAAGACAUCAACGAGUGUGAGACGAUGCCAGAUGCCUGUAAAGGUGGAAUGGGUUGCAUCAACCUCUAUGGUGGCUACUUCUGUCUGCCGCAGAGCGCCCAGAUCAUCAUCACCGACAGAGACGAGGAGCCCGCCACCACACAACCCCCCCCUCUGCACCUCGCCCCCCUCCUCGCAGUGCCCGCUCACCAUGGCAACCGCCAGACCCCCAGCAACCAGGCCAGGCUGAUCUCUGCCCAGUGUCCAAUCGGAUUCAUUGCAGACAGGUUCAACUACUGCACAGAUGUGGAUGAGUGCCUGCUGUUCUCGGGCAUCUGUCAGUGGCAGUGUGUGAACCAGCCCGGCUCUUUCCGUUGCGUCUGUCCUGAAGGUUACCAGCUGCAGGGACCACGUCUGUGCCAAGAUAUUAAUGAGUGUGAAGCAGGAUCAAACUGCCAUGAUGACCAGGUGUGUUGGAACUACUUUGGAGGUUACCGCUGCUAUCCCAGAAACCCCUGCCACGAGCCCUAUGUCCCGUCUGGAGAGAGUCGCUGCAGCUGUCAGUCUCUGAGCGCGUGCAGAGGACUUCCUCCCACCAUCGUCUAUAAGUACAUGAGCAUCACGUCGGGGCGCUCAGUUCCAGCAGACAUCUUCCAGAUUCAGGCCACCAGCGUCCUCCCAAACAUGCACAACACCUUCAGGAUUAAAGCGGGGAAUGAGGGGGGGCAGUUCUUCCUCAGGCAGUCCAGUAACGUGAGCGGCAUGCUGGUGAUGACACGUCCUCUGGCUGGUCCCAGAGAGCACAUCCUGGACCUGGAGAUGGUGACGCAGAACUCGGCACUUAGUUAUCAGUCCACCUCUGUGCUUCGCCUCACCGUCAUCGUUGGACCUUACGCCUUCUAAAAGCUCCAGUUUUACAUCUGUCUGUUUCCAGGACACUUUGAAAGACCGAAGCACUGAAAUCUUUCAUUCAGUGGAAGUUCAAGUCUCUCUGAUGUCCAACCUUUAAAAACUCUUUUCCUUUCUGCUGUUGUUAUGUAAGCUGCAGCGGCCGGGAGACAUGGAGACGCCUCAUUUACUGGUGAUGAUUCACCAGGACGACGUCCAGCCAGUAUCCAGUUCUGCAGGGACGUCACACAUCACUGUGUCCCCCUUCUUCGCCCUCUUGCUCCUCCUGCUCCUCUCAGUCCAGCGCCUUCAUGUGUCAUCAGUAGAGAAGCUCGCGACUUUUCUACAAGUAGAGUACAGACUGUGGGUUAAAGUACUCAAUGUGGGUCAAGGUACAGAUCUGUGUGUUAGUUACACUGACAUUUAGCACUUUCACUCUUUCUAAAAACACUUAUGGUCUUUAAAUGCAGUACCUGUGCCUGUAAUUAAGUUGUUUUACUGAAAUAAAACAUCUGAAUUCUUC